CUCGCCUGAUGCAUGUGUCCCUGGCAUGCACGCAAGGCGAGCUUCCUGCGCGACAGUGACGUCGUGCUACGUCGUGAAUCCCCUAGGGUUUUGACCGCCAACACGCCCGAGGGUUGCAGACACACCGCGCAGUAUACACUAAUCAUUUCAAAGGAAGCUUCAUCAUCCCGCGCCAAAGUGCAUGUGAGAAAUCGGGACCGCCGUGAUUUUCACGGCCCUUCGCGGCCCCGAUCACGGCCUGGGCCCUCCUGGCGACCCCAAGCUGUUUGUAAUGAUAGGAAUAGUCAUAUAAAGCGCAAAGGUUGCGGUGUGGGGCAGAUUAAUCUCUUACCAACAAAGUAGGGCGAAACGACAGCCCGGCAAGGCCAGCGCUCCUAGAGCGCCGUAUGCCUGGUACAGUACAUAUCCAGUGAUAAUGGCUACCUCUUAAGUCUUAGGCUGAUCGGAGCCGGCAGUGGAGCUUCGGGCGAGAAAGUUUGGGGCCAUGGCGCAGUCGCUGCCCUUUGAGAGAUACCAGGGCCCGCGCCCGGCCACUGGGGUGCCAGCGCUUGGACCUCAGUCAGUGGCUGGCAGCAGCACAGCCACAGGGCUGACUCGUCGUGGCUUCUACAGUAACCAGUGCGGCUGGCAGGCCCCGACAACAGCAACCGGCGGUCCGUUGCCCCUGCACCAGCAGCAGCCAGGCGCUGGGACGCACUCCUCCGCUCCACGGUUUUAUGGAGUGCUUAGGCGCGGGCAGUGCCCACGCAUGGUGGUUGCUAUGGCACGGCCAAGGAAUGGUUCCAGCGGGCUGCAACAGCCAGCGGUGCCGGCUGCUACUUCUGCAUCGCAGCAGCGGAGGCGCCCCAGCAGCCAGGCGCCGCUCAGCACCGACCUGCUCAUUCAGAGCCUCGAGGCAGCAACCGAUACGCAGAGCGUGCUGGAGCUAGUCAAGCAGCCAAGAGCCUCAGCUGCUGAGCCGGUCUUCCUGUACACGGCGGCCCUGAAGGCGCUCGCGCGCCUGCUUGCCAGGCCCGCAGCGUCUGGUGCUGCGGGCCUGGGGCGGGGAGGCCAGCAACGCUCCAAGGAGGAGCUGCAGGAACUACAGGCAGUUGUACGCAGCAUGGUGUCGGAGAUGCAUACGCGCGUCUUCUCCUUUCCGCUGCUGUCGGAUACUUUGAUUUCCCUGGAUGUGCUGCUACCCGCACUGGGCAGCUGGCAGGUGGCUGGGCUCCGGGCGGACGACGCGGCGUUGCGCUUGCUGGCAAUGGCGACAGACGUCCCUCAAGCUGCCGCGGAUGCAGACGCAUUGCGGCCAGUGCCGCUGCCGGCGUUGCGAGAUGCUUUCCGGGCUGCGUUGCGCCUGACCCAGAUGGCCCAGCAGAUGCAGCAGGCUCCAUCUCCACAAGUCGAAUCUACCGCAAGGCGCGUGCGGGAAGCCGUGCAAACCUACUUGCGCCGCGCCGUCUUCCCCGCGGCAGAGGAGGGCGGCCAGGCGGCGGCGGCGGCUCGGCUGCAUGGUGCGGAUUUGGCGGCGAUGGCGGCAGCUGCGGAGCUGGCGGUGAUGUGGGACGUGGAGGUGCCGCCGGAGGUGAUGCAGCUGCAUGUGCGGCACGUGGACCGCCUGCUGUCGGGCGCCGCCGGGCCGGCGUACAUCGUCAGUGCCGACGUGCAUGCGGAGCAGCACAGCGUUGCCGGCCAGGGCACCAGCAGGAGUGGUGAUGACAAUACCAGCACAAGUCACCAUGCUCAAGGGCGCGGCAACGGAAGGGCGGAGCCUAGGGGCCGUGGCGGACGGGGUGGUGGCGGCCGCGUUGGGCGCGGAAGCAGUGCGUCACAGCAGGGGCGCGGGGCUGCUGGUGUCAGCGGCACGGCCUCUGACCGCACGGAGCCCCCGCUGCCUGACGGGUUGGUGGCGGCUGGCCAGCUGGACGUCACGUCCCUGGCGCAGCUGCUGAUUGCGUGGGCAUCUGUGCCGGCCGGGCGACCCGCGCCGAGCGUGGAGUGGCUGGACCGCGCGUCAGCACUGGCGCUGCGGACGCAGGACCGUCUGACCGCCGGGAAGAGGUCUCAGCUCCUUCGGCGCCUGAAUCGUUUGCACGUGAAGCAGCAGAAGGCAGAGCAGCGGCUGCAGCAGCUGCAGGAGGCUGCAGGCGCACAGGGGCCGGCAGGCGUGCAGCAGGAGAUGCUGGUAGAUGACGGCGGGGAGGAGGAGGAGGAUGAGGAGGGGGAGCUGGAGUACAGCGACCCAGAGCGGUCGGCGUUUGAAGACGAGGAGAGGAAGGUCCUGCCAGAGAGCAUUCCCACCUUCACGGCCACGCUGGAGCGCAUUGGACAGGAGGUCAGGUCUUGCGAGCAGGCACUGGCAGCGUUAGGACCGGUCGCCAUCGCGCCGUCCGCAGCUGGGUCUGGCGUCGCAGCAGCUCCUGCCCCGCCAGCUCCAGACUCGAAGAAGCGGCAGCAGGCGAACACGGCUGCAGCAAUCAUGCCCGGUGCCCCAACAGCUCACGUGGCGUCCAAGCGCGCACGCUCGGGCAAGCAGCAGCAGCCGCUCGCGCGCGCAGCCGAGGAGGGAGCCCCAGCCGCGGGGACACAGCCGAGUUACGCGUUGGCAUCUGGCGCCCUGACGGGCCUGCUGUGGGCAGUCAGCGAGAAGCUGGGAGACAAGCUGGUUUCGGAGACGCGGGCGCUGGCGCGUGCUGUGGCGGUGGCGCGUAUGUCGGAUUUUACGUCACCGCAGCAGAUUGUGGCGGUGCUGUACUCUCUGGGGCGCAUGAAGAGCGUGCCGGCGCGCGAGGAGGUGGGCAAGGUCAUCAAGCGCCUGCGCCCCCACCUGGAGUCGCUGUCACCCACCGACGCAGUGCGGCUGCUGCAAGCGCUAGAGGCCCUGGACUAUAACCCGCCUGCCAAGCCCUGGCAGGCGCAGCCGCAGGCGCAGCCGCAGGCAAGCAGCCAGCCUACCAGGACUGGCAAGGCAGGCAAGGCAGAUACUGCGCAGCCGGCAGCAGAUGCAGGCUUUUCGCCGUCAGGUGCGAAGAUUAUUGGCCGCCUGAUGGUGAUGGUGGGCGGGUUGGGAUCGCGUGGCGGAGGAGGCGGUGGCCAGGCACGCGGCCUGGCUGCGGCGCCCUCGGACCUCAUUCUGCAGCUCCUACGCAGCUGCGCCGCGUGGAGCGUGCCCUUUCCGGAGGCGCACCUUGGGGCUCUAGAGGACAUUGUGGAACAGCGGGUUCUGCGGUCUCUGCCGCUGGACAAGAUCAAGUUGCUGUCGCCGCGGGCUAUGGCAACGGCUGCCCAGGCCAGCUAUGGGUAUGUGCCUACCGCGGUGGCCUCAGACGCCGACGUCAACGCGGACGUGAUGCGAGCGGGGCUGCUGGAUGGCGUCAUUCUGCCGCUGGCGGCCACCCGGCAGGGCUUUGCCAACGGGGACAUGUUCUACCUCGCACUGUGGGACUGGAUGGAGGUCAAGGCGUGCGAAGGUAUCACUGUGGACAAGGCCACCUCGCUGAUCAACUCCUACGCCUACAACAAGAGCUGGGCGCUGGUGCCGCAGCUGAGGAAGGUGAUGGAGGGCCUGAUGGAGCGAGCUCUGCAGCUGCCGGUGUCGCAGCCGCGGGAGGGCUCCAAGCUGCUGCUGGCGGUGGGACGGGCGCUGCGCGUGAUGGGCGACAAGAUGCAGUGCACGCCGGCCGACUCCAUCGCGGACAAGGUGGCUCCUGGUGUGGCGCCGCUGCUGCUGCCGGCGGUGCAGCAGCUACUUCGCCUGCGGCCCAGCAUGUCCGACAUAUCAGCGGUGGCCAAGGGCCUCCUCGUUGAGGCGCGGUGGCGAGUGCCCGUCAGCGCUGACGGUUUUGGCAGGAGCACCAGCGGCGGCGAACCCGGGCACCGAGCUAUUCUGCUGGAACAGGCUACACGCGGGCUAUUGGUGGACCUUUUGGCGGCAGCAAUGUCGGAGCCCAAGCCGCUGGAGGAGAUGGGAGUGUCGGAAGUUGCGUGGCUGCUGGAGGGCUUUGCCGCGCUGCAGUACCGCCCUUCGCACGACACGCUGGCACAGCUCUACAGUGCAGCUGCGGCGCGGCUGGUCGAGCGGCCGGCGAAGGCGGAGGAGGUGGUGGAGCUGCUGAACAGUGUGACGGGCAUGGACAGGGUGGCAAGCGAGCCCGCAGCGGCAAACGCAGCAGCAGGGCCCAUGGCAGCAGGAGGAUCAGCGCCGGCGACGGGGCGGCGUGGGGCACUCGGGGAUGAGCUCAAAGCCCGCGGCCGGCUGCUGCAGCAGCUGGCUGUGGCAGUGCUGCAGGAGCCUGCACUGCCGGUGCUGGCGGCCCAGCCGGGAGGUUUGGUGGCAGCCAUUAGGCAGAUGGCGGCUCUGGGCCUGCGGCCACCAACGCAGCAAUGGCUGUCCACCUACACGACGGUGCUGCAGGACCUGCUACCGAAGCUUCAGGCCACUAGCCUGGCGCAUGGCGCAGAGGGCCUGGCGCUGCUUGGCGCUGCCCCGCCUUCUUCAUUCCUCGACAUCCUGCUCACUUGUGCGGACAAACAUGGCGUGGACAGGUUCGAGCCGCACGCGCUCGGGCUGCUGCUGGGUGGGGCCCACGCGCUGCGGCAGAAUGCGCUGGCGGCUCAGGCAGCGGCGGAGUUGCGGCUCAGAGGCGUUGGAGACGAUGAUGAGGCGGAGGAGGAGCGGGCGCACACCGCAGAGGCCGCCGAUGUCGAUCCGGCUGCCUGGCGGCGGCGGCAAGUGGCAACCGGUGUCCCGGUGGUUGCGCCACUGUCGACUGCAGCGCAGGAGACGUGGGGCCGCGCGCACGUGGCGUUCGUGUCCGAAGCUCGCAAGAGCAACCCCAUGCCGCGCUACUCGCGCGCGCAGCAGCUGCUAGUGGUGAGCGCAGUGACAAGCUUUGAGCUGUCGCGACCGCCUCUGAGCCAGGGGCAGCAGGCGGCCGCAGGCAGCGGAGUCGGCAAGGCGGGGCGUGGCAGCUCCAAGGCAGCAGGGGCGGGCGCCGUCGCGGACUUCCGGGCGCGGCUGGAGGCGGACUGGCUGGCGGAGACCUGCGCGAGCCUGCUGGCGAGCCGGAGGGCUCUGGAGGCGAGCGCAGUUGGCGGCAGCGGCGGCAGCGCUUCGCUGCUGCCAUCGCCAGAGCUGCUUGAAGAUCUCCUACGCCUGGCAUCGCGCGUGCUGCGUGGCUGUGACGACGGUAGCAUUGUCCGGCUGGCGUCCAGUCCGACAGCCUCUGCAAGCUCCUCGGCGGUCGACAGCAGCACAGCAACAGCAGGUCUCGAUGCGGCUGAGAGUGUGCUUCAGCUCGUACAGCUGUCAAUCCGCGAUCUCUUCCAGUCAUCCAGCAGCCAACGGGAGGCCACAGCCUUAACGGCGUGGCGACGCCUGCUCUGCGCCGCCCUGGCAGCAGGCAUCAGCCUGUCUCCUGCAGAGCUAGGCGUGUUCGCAUCAGCACUGCUGGAUGAAGCUGCAAAACGGACACGGCGUGCGCUGGCCGCAAAAGGCUCGGGCUCUACAGCUCGAGCAGCAGCAGCCGUUGUCCACACAGCUGCAAGCGCCGGCUCGGGCGCAGGAUCCCGGUCGCUGUCGGCGGAGGGCAGGGAGUUGAUGACGGCUGUGUGGCAGGACGUGGAGGAGGGCUUGGAGGGCGUGCUGCUGCCGGUGCUGCCCUGGGUGCCGCCACAUGAGAUACUCAAGGCUCUGCGCUUCGGCCUGCUGGAGCAGCCGCCAGCGGUGCUGACCGCCGCCAGCCUGCGGCAGCUGGCGCUCAUGUGCACCUACACGACCCAGGCCGCGCCCCAGCUGGCGGAGGAGGCAGGCCGCGGCCGGCGGACGCUGUGGUGGUCAACUGUGCGGGCCGAGCUGCUGCGGCGGGCUCAAGAUGAGGAGGUGGAGAAGGCCUGGUCGAAGGCGCAGCGAGGCAGCGGCAGCAACGGCAGUGCCACGACGGCAGAGGCAGACCUGCAGACGGCAAUUGAUUUGGCUGCCGCCUGCUAUGGCCUCCUGAUGCACGGCGGCGGCAGCAGGGAGGGGCGGGACAGUGCCAGCGGCGGCGGCGCGGCGCCUUCUAGCGCCUCACUGCCGGACGAGCUGGCCACCUGGAUGAAGCUGCUGCUGACGCGCGCAGGCUCGAGUCUGGCGGCAAGAACGUCCUUGAGUAAGGGCCUGGCGGGUGUGCGUGCUCUGCAGCUGCUGUGGGUGGCGCGCUCUGCUGGCUGCGCGCACCUGCUGCCGGCAAGCGUGUGGAGCACUGCGUUCGGGGCGCUGGGGCCGGAGAAGACAGGGGCGGCGGCACUGCAGCCCCGGCAGCUGGCGCAGCUAGUGGUGCUGCGAGCUGAGGCCCUGCGCGGUAGCGGUGACAGCGCGACCGGCAAUGGCCCGCUGGAGCGACUGCCCACACGGGCAAGGUCAUCGAUGCCCGUUGCCAGCUGGUUCCUGGAGGUAUGGCUCGGAAGGCUGGCAGUCUCAUGCCGGCGGGUGCUCCUGUCAAAACGCGCAAGGGGCGGCGCCAGCGCUGACUCGGACGGGGUCACACCUGCAGUCGCCUUCCUAGCGGUGGCCUAUUGCCUGCCGCCUGACCAGCAGCGGCCGCCAGAGUAUGCUGCUGUGCUGGCGAAGGCGGCCCUGCCGGCGCUGUCUGGUUCAGUUGGAACAGCAGCAGGAGCAGACGUGACACUGCGUUUGGCGGACCUGUGGGCCUUCCUAAGGCGCGUUGAGGGUUGGCCAGUGACAGGCUCGGGCAGCAGCACCGGCGACAGCAGUGGCAAUCAGAACGGAAGCGAUGCCAGCUGGUUCGGGCUGCCCGUGGAGGCCGCGGCAGCCGUGUGCCAACAGGUCUUGGCAGUGGCGCAGACCGGGGCCCAGGCGGCGGGCGGCUUCAUCAUGCCCCCAUCAGAGGCGGUACAGUUCACUGUAACGCUGCUCAACGCCACGGCGGUCGAGAGCAGCAGCGCGAGUGCCCUGGAGGCGGCGCUGCCGCUACUGCAGGCGCUGGUGCCGGAGGCGGAGGCGGAGCUGUGGGCGCUGGCGACGCGCGAGCGCCUGGGCAGGGCAGUGCUGGCGUCGGCGCUGCAGGCCGCAUUGAACGCCGUCACCAACACUGAGCCGCCGCUGGGCGCAGACGGGGCUAUUGCGUCAGCCUGUGAGGUGGCAGCGCUGAUGGUGGGCAGCGUGGCGGUGCUGCUGCAGCAGCUGCCGCAGCAGCCGACUGCUGCACAGGUGGCAAACAGCCGGGCGGCUUCAGUGGUGUCGCGCCUCGAUGCGCGCAGCCUCCCGCCGGACCAGCUGGCUGCCCUGGCGUCUGCCAUCAUCCGCCUCUGCCCGCCUGCAGCCGGUGGUGCUGCUGCAGGCGAUGAUGCAGCGGCGCGCAUCCCACAAGCCGCAGCCGCCGUGCUGCUGCGGCUGAUGUCAGCUGCGGAGGUGGUCGAGCGGCUGCCGAUCACGCGCCUUGAGGCCGCCCUCACACGCUUCCUCCCAGCCCAGCAGCAGCAGCACGAGGGGCAGGCACCAGAAGCUGGGUCACAACUGCCCAUGACGGAGGCGGUCGCGCAGGCCAUCAGCGCCAAGCUGCAGGUGGGCAGCACGGCCUGGUUCGCCCGCACGCCGGUGGGCCUGGCGGUGCAGCUGCACCGCUGCGGCGCCAGCGGUGUGCUGCUGCAGCGCGCGCUGCUCGCGGACCGCGACUGGGCCGGGCGGGAGGUGCAGCUGCUGCAGGCCCUGGCGAUGGCGGCGCCGCGGGAGCCGCUGGCACUGUCGCUGCGCGACUAUGGUCCUGAAAGAACUGUGGAGGAAUCAGACGCUAUCGCGCAGCCGGGCGAGGGCCCAUUUGGGCAGCUUGUGCUCAAGCUCUGUCGUGGGCUUGAACGCGUUCAACGGCUGAGCGACGCUGCGGCCUGUAUGACUAGCCUGGCAGAGGUCGUGCCCUAUCUGGAAGGCACCAAGGGGUCCGAUGGUCUGUUUGCGCUCUACAACACAGUCAAGCUGUUACCUGUAUGUGUUGCGCAGCAGCCGGCACAGCUGGCUAAGGACAUUCACGUUGACCCGGAACAUCUCUGGCGGCUGCUGGAAGCGAUGCUGAAGCUGGGAGGCGAACACCAUAAUGACUGCAUGUUUCACACAGCGAGGCGCAAAUUCGUGCAGACCAAUGGGUUCAUGCUGCCAUAUACGCAUCCACUGGACACCGCUCUGGACAAUCGACGUUUUGCAGUGCAGCGGGAGGAAUUUGAUUUCUGUGGUACGUUCGUCGGCUAUGUUGGGCCGUACUUAAUUCAUCCGAAGGUGGGGCAGGUCAUCCUUGAGUGCGCCAAACCUCUUGUGGGGCGGCAUCAACAGCGCAUGGAGCAGCUCCUGCAGGAGCAGUCCGCCGCCAACCACCCCGGCAGCACCAGCACCAGCUCCAGCAGCACUGCUGGCGGCGCCGCCGCCGCCGCCUACUGGUGGCCGCCGGGCUGCGCCCAGCCGCCGCCGGGCCGCCUGGUGGCGGGGCUGCGGCUGCCGGAGGGCGACCCGGACCUGCUGUCGGCACGGCAGCUGGGGCUGCUGUACGGGGCUGUGGUUAUACAUGGCCAGGAUGCAGAGUCCCCGCUGCCCUACGGCAUCAUUGAAACAGAGGGCGUGCAGCAGCUGUACCUGGCCUACAUCACGUCGCUCAACCUGCUGGCCGGCCGCACCGACCUGCUGCCGCAUGAGCACCUGGAGGCGAUGCUGGGCGCGCUGGAGCCCGCCGUGUUUGGCGAUCGGAGAAUUGUGCCGGCAGGCCCCGAUGGCAUGGAGCCAGUUGAGGGCUACGACUUCUACAACGACUGCCUGCCGAUCGAGCGCUUCCUGGCGCCCGUACUGGCGCGGUACGCGAAAUUGGGCGCAGAGGAGCAGCCGCAGCCAGCGGGCGCAGAUCGCCGGGUUGAUACGGUAGACCUUUUCGGGCUGGCAGACCUCAGCGACCAGUCCAUGCUCGUGUCGCUGUACCGGAAGCGCCCAGUUCCGGAGGAGGAUGGCCGCGGCGCGACAACCGCGCCUGGUGGUGGUGGUGGCAGCGGCAGCCGUCGCGGCUUGGGCGGAGGGGGCGGACCAGAGGUGCUGGACGUGGGUCCGGGUCUCGACGUCGGUGCAGCGGCACAGGCCAGUAGGGCCGAACGUGGAGAUGGAGGAACAUCGGGGGCCGUCACAGGAGCCUGGGCAGGCAAACCACGGCCGAUAGCGCGGCCGGCGCAUCACGACUGGAUCCACCUUUAUGUUCCAAGUUUGGAACUGCCCGCGCACCUGCGGCUGCCGCCGGGCCACCGCCACGGCCAGCCCGGUGGCGACCCCGCGGCGGACGCGGCGCGGGAGGCCUACGUGCGGUCGAUAGUGCCCAGUUUUGGGCUACUGCGCCGGCUAGCGCGCAUGGUUGCGGUAACCAGGCGAACGGAUGAAGUCCGACGCGCGCUGCAGGAGGAUAGCGGCUUCUCUGGAUUCGGCGAGGGUCGCUGGGCGCGCCUGCUUGAAUAUAUCCUCGAUGGCGAGGGGGCACAGAAGCGCGCAACGGCCGAGGAGCUGCUGAAGAUGUUGGGCGUUCAGUGGGCCGACGCGCACCAGCAGGACACCAGCAGCAGCAGCAGCAGCAGCAGCAGCAGCGAGCCUAGCAACGGUUCCUGGAACAGGAUGAUGGCGCGCGAGAAAUCUGUUCCGCCCGCUGGUGGUGAUGCGGCUUCGGAGACACCUUUGGCCCCGGAGGCCAACCCUGCCGCCGCCCAGCAGGAUGUGGCGGCAGGAAAGGCCAAAGGUGGCAGCGCGCCUGCUGCUAGUCAGGUCCAGACGGACAUGGCCAGGGCAGUUGACCAGGCAGCAGGCGCACCACCGGGGAGCAGCCUCACGCUGCCAGAGCUAGCCGGCAGCUGCAGCACUGAGCGGACGCCAACUCGGCAGCAAACGCCGCCGGUACAGCAGGCGCAGUUGCAACCUCAGCCACAGCCGCAGGACCCGGCGGCGGCGGGAGAUCAGGGCAUGGAGUUGCUUGGCGCGGUGGCGCAGGUAGGCAGUGCGCUCGGGUCCAUGCUGGUCGGCGCAGCUCAGGCGGCGGUGCAGAGCGCUGUGAGCAGCGUGGCGUCCGCGGUGGCGGCCAGCAGCAUUGGCGAGCUGGAUCCAGCGCAGGCGGCAGUGCAGGCGGAGGCUCAGCAAUACUUGGAGGUCAUGCUGUGGGCGCACAUAGCCGUCAAGGGCUGCGCGGUGGAGCUAAAUGAGGGGACCAGACAGCUCAUGCUGCAUCGUGCAGUGCGCAAGCUGAUGUUGGCGCAGAGCAGCAAGAGCACCAACAGCGAUGGACGCAUGCAGCUCGACCGGGACGAGCUGGUGCGGGCAUUUGUCGCGGAGGCGGACGAGUACGCCAUUGAGAGCCGGCGGCAGAAACGCAAGGCCGCGAAGCGCCGCGGCUUUGGCAAGAGCUAGCUUUCAGGCGCAAUGAUUAUGUCUGGUGCGAGCGAGAGAUAAAUGUUGUUGAUUUGGCGGCGUGUAUGCAUGCAGCGCAGAAGCGUGAGGCUGAGGCGGAACUUUUGGGAGGGCAGGAUGUGCCUGCGGUGCCGGCCAGGCGCCGGCGUGCUUUUGAGCAAGCAUUGGUACGUCGGGCAGGGAAAGUGCUGGGCAAAGCAGGGCAGGACUUGACAGUUGGCGGUGUGCUCUGCUGCUGGUCAUGGUGUGUACGAGUGUUGUAGCUGGCGGCUGCAGCAGGAGGGCUGACAAUUUGGUAGAUGUUGGUGCGUUGCGUGAUCACAGCAGAGAUCUCAGGCGUUCGCAAUGUUGCAGAUGUUCGUUGCGCAUUGAGCAGCACCCGCUUUCUCAAGUAGCGUUGGGCACCAGGGUAACUGCAAAAUGUAUGUGCGCCUCCGGCCGUUCAAUUGUUAGUCUCUGCGUUUAUGAGCUGGUAGAACCGCUUGGGGAGCUUAACUCUCGCAGGAUGGGUUGCGCGUGUGGGUGGCGUCGUGUGUGCAUAUGGGCCGAUAGGCUGCGGCGGCCGCAUGUCGGGCUCGGGUCAAAGCAAGACCUGAGCCGCACAAGCGCAGGUACUCAUGGGUGAUAAGCUGAUGAUAAGCUGAUGAAUCGGUCACGAUGUGCAGGUAUCGUACGCAAAGGAGUGCGUGUCGCAGAGGUCGUAUUCAGGCACUGACUACCAAGGUCGAGGCGCUGGUUACUGAGGUAGAGGAGCAGAUGCCCGA